UUUCUCUUCAGGAACUAGCAAUUAAUCAUAAUUAUGACUACAAUGAAAAUUCUAAUUUUCAGUCCAAAAUAUCUAUCAUAAACUCAUUGGUCAGGUUAAGAAUUGAUCUGAGUACAAGACAACAAAUAGAUAAAUGUCUUUGUAAAUUGUCAAACUUACAGGAGAUUCAAAUUUCGGCACACCAUGGACAAAUAUACUCGGAACAUUCAUUUCAUAACUUGAAGUGUCAAGUAAUAGAAGUAUUAUUUCUUGAUUCGGUGUCUUCACUUGCAUUUAAUACGUUUAAUUCUUUUCCGAACUUAAAGACGUUGAGGAUAAAUAUUCAGAUAUUAAGCGCUGUAGAUGACGUUAUAAGCAACAUAUUUAAUUCUUUGAAGGUUUUCAAAGGAAGAAAUAUGACAGAAUUAACCAUCACAGGCAAUCCAAUUAGGAACGGGUUUGUGAUGGAUCAUCCUCAUUUUGAAGUACUUCAAAAUAUAUGUCUUCAAAAGUUAAUUUUGGUGGGCGACAGUAUACUUGGGAUAAGGUUUAGACCUUUUGAAAGAUACGCUUUAAAGGAGAACUGUUUAGAAGAAUUGAUAAUGUCUGAUAACAUAAUGGUCGACAGGAAAGCUGGAUAUUUAUUUGUAUUUUGUUUCUUUAAGCAUCUGAAAAUCAUAAGAAUUCCGCAUAUGAUAGUAAGAAAACGGAGAAAUAAACGAUUUUCCACAGAUGAUGUAUCGUACACUGUUUGCCUUCCAAAAACAUUGAAAGAAUUGGACCUGCACUCGCCAGUCAGGUCAUGGAAUAAGAGAAAAAUAGCAAAUAUAACUGUUAUCAACGAUUCACAUUUGAAAAUUCUGAACCUGGCAAACAUCACAUUACAUAAGUGCAAUGGGACAAUCCAUGGCCUUGGACAUUUGGAAUUUUUCGAUAUGUCAGGAUUCAAUUGCACAAUUUUGAGUGAACAUCUUCUGACGCAUUUUCCGAAACUGAUAACUCUCGGUGCACAGAAUGCUAAUCUUGGGAUCGGUUUGAAUUCCUUACAAAAUGCUUCAAAAUUUUUUGAGAAGAACUUAGAUCUACAACACAUUAACCUGAUAAGAAAUAACAUAAAUUCACUUCCGCAUGGCUUAUUUGAUCACCCUUUUAGACAUCCGAUUUCUAUCAGUUUUGACAAAAACAAUUUACAAUCGCUUUCAAACUUUCCGUCCAAACCAAAUAUAUUCAAACAUAUCAGCCUGACGCAAAAUAAAUUUUCAUGUCUUAGCAAUGACGAUAUCGGUAAACUGAACAUAAUCCGACCGUCAAGUAUAUCUCUUCGUGGAAAUCCGAUCGAAUGUUCUUGUAAAACAUUACAUUUCAUGAAAUGGGUGCAUCAUUCGGGUAUUAUAAGUGAUCUUACAGAAACUGAAUGUGUACUCCAAAAUGGGACUCUUGCCAAUUUGUCUCAUUUCUUGCAAAUCCUAAAAACAUAUGAAAUCAGUUGUCAAACGGAAUUUUGGGUAGCAUUGGCAAGUAGUGUUACUUCUGUCACCAUUCUUGCUAUCAUCUUAGGAAUAGUAUACUAUCGAUAUCGAUUUGCAUUUGAGUAUUUCUUUUUGAGAAUUAAAAUGAAACUUCGACAUUACCAACCUCUUUCAGAUGAGUUCGAGUUUGAUGGGUUUAUAUCAUACAGUCAUAAAGACGUCACAUGGGUUACAGACCUUUAUGACAAGUUGAAGCCGAAAGGUUUCGAGCUCUGUUUACAUCAUAAGGAUUUCUUGGCUGGAGUACCUAUUGCUGAGUGCAUCGUUAAAGCUAUUAAUUCGAGCAGAAAAGUUGUAUUCAUCAUUACGAAAGACUUCCUUGAGAGUAGCUGGGGAUCGUAUGAAAUAGAAAUGACAAGAAUGCACGCUUUCAGAGAGGGUCGUGAAUCUAUGGUUAUUGUAAUACUGAUGGAUGAUAUAAAAAAAGAUAAACUUCCAAAGGCCUUGAAGGAAAUUUGGUAUAAGGUCGUCUGCAUAGUCUGGCCAUCUAACACCGAGGCUCCGUAUAAUACCGAAGAAAAGUUCUACGAUAAAUUAUGCAUUACAUUAUCAGACGGUCGUAUGAGGAUAAGUGGUGACAAUACUUCUAUGUGAUAACGUAACAAGAAGGAUCAUUAAACAUGGACGUAGAUAUACACAUAAAGAAACAUUCUCAAAUAUGCAAUUCAAUUGAUGAGUUAACUGUAAUUUUUUUAUGAGUUUAACAAACACAUAAUAUCAUCAAUUAUCGACUGAAGUCAGUAGAGCUGAUGGGAAAGUUUUUGGCGAAUAUAUGAUGCAUGCAUGUUACCAAUGGAAUUUGUGAAAAGAACAGAGAGACAAUUAAAAACAUCAUAUGUCAAAUGACUUUUUAAGUUUUCUAUCUUUUGGGUCUAUUGCCAUAUAAUCAGUAGUUUAAAUCAGAUUGUUUGUUUUAACAUCAAUGAUUUUUUACAAUGAAAUUUGAAAUUUGGAGU